CGCCCGGCUCGGCGCGGCGCAGCGCAGUCGGCUUGAGCGCUCACGGUAGCGAGGAGGUUUCCUCGGCCGGCCGUCCCGCCUUCCGCCGCCGCCGUCGCCGGGCUGCGCCGCUCCAGCCCAGACGCACCUCCGUGCUCCUCGCUGCUUCCCUUGUCGUCGGCACACACCAUGACGAAGAAAGAGAAGAAAUCCUUCAACCAGAGCAUGGCCGAAUGGAAGCUGUUCUUGUACAACCCGACCACCGGAGAGUUCCUGGGGCGCUCCGCCAAGAGCUGGGGUUUGAUCUUGCUCUUCUACCUAGUCUUUUAUGUGUUCCUGGCUGCACUCUUUGCAUUCACAAUGUGGGUUAUGCUUCAGACCCUGAACGAUGAGGUUCCAAAAUAUCGUGACCAGAUUUCUAGUCCAGGACUUAUGGUUUUUCCAAAACCAGUGUCAGCGUUGGAUUAUUCAUUCAGUGUGUCUGAUCCAGACUCCUAUAAAGGGUACAUUGAUGACCUUAAGAAAUUUCUAAAGCCAUAUGACUUAGAAGAACAGAAGAAUCUCACAGAUUGUACCGAUGGAAAAUUUCUUGAACAGAAGGGUCCACAUUAUGAUGCAUGUCGGUUUCCUCUUAACUUACUUGAAGCAUGCAGUGGUGAGAUUGAUCCCCAAUUUGGCUACUCCAGAGGAAACCCUUGUAUUCUUGUGAAAAUGAACAGAAUAAUUGGAUUAAAGCCUCAAGGAGAACCAAGGAUAGAAUGUAUUUCGAAGGGUGAAAGCACAGCAGUUCUAUCAACUUAUCCUCCCAAUGGAAAGAUAGACGUAAAGUAUUUUCCAUAUUAUGGAAAAAAACUGCAUGGGAACUAUCUACAGCCAUUAGUUGCCGUCCAGCUCACCUUUGAUGCUGGCAAUGACAUGAACGAAGUAACAGUUGAGUGCAAGAUUGAUGGAUCACCCAACCUAAAAAACCAGGAUGAUCGUGACAAGUUUUUAGGACGAGUUGCAUUCAAAGUCACCGUGCAUGCAUAGUAGGAGUUAGGAUAUCUCCACAGAGUAAAUGCUGUGUUGUCUGUCUUCAUUCUGUAUCAGCUGGACCUGCCAUUCCAGAAUUAUGAGACCACCUUGGAGAAAGGUGGAGUGGUACAUGACACUGGGGUAACAUCGCAAUGUGCUUCCAGAUCAUAGUGUUCAGUGUCCUCCGAAGUAACUGCCUGUUGCCUCUGCUGCCUUUUGAACCAUGUACAGUCACCAGAUGGGGACUGUGAACACCUGAUUCUGAACAUGUAGAAUGGGGGUCUUAAUCCAAUUUUUAUGUGGUUUAAUUGCCAAGUGUCUAAAGCUUCAUGUGCUGUGCCAUGUAAAUAUUUUAUAGAUUUAACACUGGUUAACUGUCAUAUUUUGAUGCCAGCAAAGUUUUAGGGGAUAAAAUGGUACCUGACCAACAUCAAAUGACUUUAUAGCUGCAAGAAAAGCAGUGUGUGGAGUUCUGUGUGUGAGGAGGAAAAAGGAAAAUAAAAGUGGAUUUGAAAGGUU